AUGACCAUCGUGAACGUUCCCAACACCGUGGACUUGUCCCCCAUGGACGCUGUCAUGACAAACAUCGGCGUCAUGAUCCUGUACAUCUAUAAGCCCACGCAGAAUCACAGCUACAAUUUGGAAAUAUUGAAGGCAUCUUUCGUCGAGACAUUGAACCAAGACUAUCCGAUCCUGAACGGCGAGCUUCACAUCGAUUCUGAACGGUGCGGCAUGCUUUACGUCAAGCUGGACCCAAACAAAAUCGCCACAGCAGCCCCUUUCGUGACGGACCUCUCGUGUCCUCAAACCACUGACCAAGCACUCGAGUCACUCUCGUACGACUUCAUGCCACCUGCGCGGGAGGGUCAACACCAACUCAUUACAGCCAAAGCGUCCGUACUCUCGGACGGUGGGCUAGUCAUUGGUCUCGACUUCGCUCACGGAGUGCUCGACGGGGAGGCUGCGUUCACUUUCGUCAAGGUGUGGGCACGGCGCUAUCGACGCCUAACCGGUACUCCGCCGAACGAGUUAGGAGACCCGAUCAAGCUGAAUCACGACCGACGCUUGCUCUCUGGACACGGAAAGAGAACUUGUGCUCCUCAUCCGGAGUUCCGUGUGUAUGCGUCCACUGGUGAGUACUUAACACUCGAAGCGGGGCCCAUUCCUGUACCUGUCAAUGAUCCACCAUCGACAGCUCAACGUAUUUUCCACUUGAGUCCUGACAUGCUUGGACGGUUGAAGAAGCUCGCCACUGAAUCGACUACUGCUCCUGACUAUUCAUACGUGAGUACUAUCGACUCGCUUACGGCACUCUUGAUCGUAUUGAUCACUCAAGCUCGUGGUCACGGCAAAGAUGUCCGCGUCGCAACGUGCGUUAAUGCACGGGCCCACCUUCACCCACCACUACCAACCAACUACGUUGGUAACGCUACCUUCUUCGCGUUGCCCACCUACAAAGCGGCUGAGCUCGCUUCUGACAAUUUGGUUGAUACGCUGUGUCUAGUGGCUCGACGUGUCCGCGAGUCCAUCGUUCGAACACGGGACGACCAAUUCCUUCGUGAUUCGAUGGCGUUUGUCUCCUCACAGCCCGAUAUGAGCGCGGUGGGUGUUAGCACCGACUUCUUCUUUGGUCCAGACCUCUUCUUCACCUCGUGGGUGCGCAUGGGAGCGUACGACGCCGACUUUGGAGGUGGGAAAGCGAGUUACGCUGGUCUGCCACGGCUUCCGGUUACCGAUGGACUGGUUGUCAUCACUGACCCAAUGUAUCCCGAGCAAGAUGGCUUGGACGUCACUGUGUCACUUGAGAGCAAAGCAAUGGAGGCUUUCAGGGACCAUUGGCAAUCACUCGCUCUGUGAAUCUCUCACCGCAUCACAGUCGGCGAAAAACACCAAGAGUGUGACGCACAAUCCACAAGUUCAUUUCUUUAUAUUCAAAAACGCGAAGGUGCAGCAUAAACAAACUUUUCGUUAGCGCUAACUCGCAAUACAUGCACCACAACGAC